AUGGCAAAUACUGCAAGGCUGAAAAGAACUGAACUUGCUACAUUUUACGUGUAUGUCGUGUUUUUGGCUUGUCUUCUACCCCACCUUUGCGUCAGAACUGCUAUUCGAAUGCAUGGUGAGUCUGUCUUGCGGAUGCAUCUGUUUCAUUAUUCAAUGACACUUGUGUUUCUAAGUUCAUCCCUCAAUCCUCUGAUCUACUCCUGGAAGAUGAGAGACAUUCGGCAAGCUGUGAUGAGUGUACUUCGUAAUAUCGUUCAAAGUCAGUAAAGCUACAAAUCGAACCUCUUGGGCGAUGAGGUUGCAGUUUCUCCGUCAGAAAAAAAAUUAGAAAUUUUAUAUCGCGUAUUAAAUAAAUAAAUAAAUAAAUAAAUAAAUCACAAUUCAUAGGGAGCACAUACACGUAGUCCUUCCCCUACAUUAAUUCCUGAUCUAACUGGAGUUUGGAAAUUAAUAUUUGGUUCUUGAGAAAAGUGGAAAACCGGAGUAUCUGAGGAAAAACACCUCGAAGCAAAGGAGAGAACAACAAGAAACUCAUCCUGCAUGGAUGAUCGAUCUAGUGUUCAGAGACACCCAUAAAAACGUUGCCGCGGCUGGAGUGUUCGAUCCUGGACGUAGUGAUCAUGACGCCCACGCACCAAGUAAAACUAGUAUAGUUGGAGUGUUUUAGUCCCUUGGAUGACUUCAACCAUUGCAGUUCAACAAGUAAGCCUAAAGCAACAAGAACAGUCGGCAUUAGAGCAUAUGAUAUCGUGAAGUUAAACCACGUUAACCGUGGAACUGAUUAACUGAAGGCUAAGUGAAUCUGAUUACUAAAGAUCAUAUUCAAGAAAGUCAAGAAAAUGACAAGCAAUUUUGAAGGACGCUCAGAAAGUCUUAACGCUCAUCUAAGACCUGCAACAGUCUCAAGUAUGGAUACUGAUGGAGCUGUUGUCCGGUCUCCACCGACUCCACUAUUUCCGCUUUGAACUCUUUUUAUGAAAGCAUCGUUAGAAACCUCACCAAAAACUUCCUUGAUGUAUCACUAUCUGCUCAGCCUGAAGUAGGCCCUUACUUUUCUAAGCGUGAUUAUUCAUCGAACUGCUAUGUAGUAAUGGCUGAUCAUUAAUGCCUUGGCAAACUUUGGUUUUAUAAACUUGGGAGAUAAGACUGAGGUGAACACACAAAAGCACUGGUCAGUCGGUAAAUAAUUACGCAUCAUGCACUUCCGCAAAUAGGCGGGGAAACUGCCAGGUGUCCUCAGGCUGAAAAGUAAGGGGGGAGGGGUAAGAGCAAGUUCAAACUGAUAAAGAAUCAUAAUAACCUAAAAUGUGUAAUAGAACAACAGUGUUGUGUUGUGAAGUAUUUUGAAAGUUAUUUUUAAGACGGAUAUAUCUUAUCUUAAGUUUAGUUUUUGUUUCAUUAAGUCUUGUUUUGUCCACGUACUGUUUUCCUGUUUUGAUCUUUUGUUUUUACUUCUACUUGAAUUUAUGCUUAAGUUCGCAAAUUUACUUAUUGCCAUAUUAGGAAUGUUAUUAGCUUGGCAUUGUCAGAUGUUAGUUUUUUACAGGUGGUCGUGUUUGUGGUGUUAGAGCUGACCUUGGUUCUUUGGUGCUUGUCAGUUGGGCUGUGCGUAGGCUAAUCUAUUCCCUUACAAUAGAAAACGUGUUGCAAUGUUAGCGAUAAGAUAUUCAAUUAUACUGAAGGUCUCCCGGUCAGCUAACACAAACAUGUCCAGCUUUGGCUAUAAAAACCGCUACUAUACUUGAACUAGUAAGUAGAGAAGAGUAGAAAUGUAGAAAAGAGUUAGAAGAGUAGGAAGAUUAAGAUUGUUAGCAGAAGUCAAAGAAGAAUAAAGGCCAAGAUGUAAAUCAGAUUCCUGGCACCACAUCGUGUAGCGAGCGAGUUGCUCGAACACACCCCCACAGUUAACAACAGAGACAAAAACAAACAAUUAACUGAGGAAAAAUCGCUACUUUUUCACGAUUCUUAAACUGUAAAAGAGAUAUUCCCCUCUUGCCUACAAAUUGGUUUUCCUGUUAGCUGGUUGGAAUUACCACGAACUAUAACGUUAUUAAGUUAAUAAAAGCAUAGUAAAAUGAGAUUGAAAAAUAGUUCCCAAGUUGAUUGUUAGUGUUGUAGUUAAAGGCAUUUUUUACUUUUGCAACAUGAUUACUUAUCGAAUUAAUUGCCUCGUCAUGAUGGCUGGUUUCAUAAAGUUGGGACUAAAAGGGAUAUUUUAAACAUUCUGAUCAUUUGCAAUUGAUUAAACUUUGACGCAUAUGACAGCAUGAUUUGUCAAGUAACUACCUCCUGUAUCUUUGUUUUAAAACCUUAGCUAGUAUUUUUUUUUUUUUUUUUUGGGGGGGGGGGGGGGGGAGAGGAACAAGUUCCUUCUCUCAACUCAAAAGAGUCGUCGUAGGUUGUAGUUACUCAAAACAUGUGCGUAUUUUUCGCUUGAGUCCAGCAAACAUGUAGGAUUGGCCUCAGACCUAAUAUUCCGCAUUUCCUCUAAACCAUCGCUAAACUCUUUUCUGUUUGACUGUGUAUUUACGAUUCAUUGCAACUGAGCCAGCUGCCGUUUCUACUUUGAUAUCGCGUCAGUAGUUUCAUAGACUACGAGUAGUCCCCAUUUUUCCUCAGGGAUAGUACAGCGAGCGAAACGCGAGCGCGCGUUAAAAUCACCCCACGCGAGAAAGGCGAGACGCGGCGGUGAGAGAGAAAAGUGCUCAUUGUUCGAUCAGUGUUUGAUCCUGGUCUUAGUAAUCAUGUGGCUCACGCACCAGCUAAAACUCGUAUAGUUAGAGGAUUUUCAGUCCCCUGGAUGACAUCAACCAUCGCAUAUCAAAUCAGAAAGCUUGAUUAUAAUCUGAAGAAAGCUAAAAGCAACCAGAAUAGAUGGCAUUGGCGCAUACAGUUAAAUCAAAAAAGGUUGCUUUUGUAGUUGGUAACUGGUAAUUGGACAUUGGGCUUAUGGAACAAUGCAAAGGUUUACUUGAGUGACCACCAAACAAUAACUUCCCAAUGCGCAAUUCUCAAUGCCCAAACCAACCUUUAUCGAAUCCGCUAUAUAUCGUCACUAAGAAUUAGGAAACCGCGUUAGUCGUGCCAUUAAGAAGGCUAUAUCGUUACUAAUCAGAUUCAAGAAAGUCAAGAACUUGCAUUGACAAGCACUUUUGAGCGCGCUCAGAAAGGCUUUAAGCUCAUCAAGCCCUCUUAGAGUAUCGCAAGUAUUGAUACUGAUGGAGCUGUUGCCCGGUCUCCUCUGCUACCGCUUUAAACUCUUUUUAUGCAAGCAUCGUUAGAAAACUCGCUCAAGACCUCCUUAAUGUAUCACUAUCUGAUCAGCCCUUACUGUUCCGAACGUGAAUAUUCAUCGAACUGCUACUAUGUAGUAAUGGCUGAUCAUUAAUGUCUUAGUUAACUUUGGUUUCAUAAACUUUUGAGAUAAGAAAGUGAACACUUAAAAUCAUUAGUAACUUGGUAAAUAAAUGGGGAUCAUGCACAUCCGCAAACAGGCGAGGAAAUUGUGAAGUGUUCUCAGGCUAAGAGGGUAGUGGUAAGAGCGAGUUCAAACAGACGAAGAAUCAUAAUAACCUACAAUGCGUAACAGAACAACGGCGUUAACAACAAAGAAGGAAAUAAAAAAUUAAGGAAAAAUCGUUACUAUAUCACGAUUCUUAAACUAAAAGCCGAAGAUGUUCUCCUCUUUCCUACGAAUUGGUUACCCUGUUGAAAGGAAAAGUAUGCUCUUAUUUAUUUACUACGCAUUAAUUUGCGCACAAUGAUAAACCUUCUUUAAUAUCAGUGGAGAAACUAGAGUUAAUAUGAAUUAGGUUUUGUUUAGCUCUGAUGAAUUAAUUACGAAAAUGUAAACCCCAAAAGUAAAAAGUAUCAUGAUAAGCUUUUUCUUUUUAAAUACAAUUAAAGAAGAAUACGAACAUAUUUUCAGCCUAAAAUCGGCAGAAAAAAUAAGAAUAUUCAGCCUGGGCCGGGAAAACAGUAUUCUUGUAAAAAAGAAUGGGUGUGUUUUAAACUGAGGAAACUGAAGCAAAUACGACUUAAUCUUAGCUGGUAACUACAGCAACUACAGCAACUACAGCAACUACAGUUACUACACCAACUACAGUAACUACAGUUACUACAAUAACUACAAUAACUACAGCAACCACACUAACUACACCAACUACGGUUACUACACCAACUUCAGCAACCGACAGCAACUUCACCAACUACACGGACUACAUCAACUACACCAACUUUGCCAGCUACAGCAGCAACUGUAGUGACGUUUAUCAUGAACCUUAGCUGCCUUAAAGUUAAUAAAGGAUAGUGUAUUGUUUUUGAAUACAUUUUCAUAGUUUCCAAGUUGAUUGUUGUAGUAUUCGAUUGCAGUUUAAGGCAUAUAUUGCUUUUGUAACAUGCUUGCUCAUUGGAUUGUCACGUCAUGUAUAAACAGGUAUUUUGAUCAUUUGCAAUUGAUUAAAUUAAGUAACUAGGCUGCUGUGUCUUAAACCGCCUCACACUCUGUAGGUCACGCUUGACCAUGUAGUUUAUCAAAAAAUGUGUGCAUGGGUCCAGCAAAUACAGUACGUUGGAUUGGUUGCGUUUGCGACAUAAAAGGCCGAAUUCUCCUCAAGUCACCGCACAACUCUUUCUGUUUGACUGUAUAUUUGCGAUUCAUUGAAAACCAACUGCCGUUGCUAAUUUAAUAUUACGUCAGUAGUUUCAUAUAACUUUCUUCCUUUUUGACUGACGAACUUUAGCACUUACAAGGCUCGACCUAUCGCGUUUAGCUUAAAAGAAAAAAAUAUAUAAUUACUGUGUGAUGAUGACGCCACAUUUAAAUUUUAAAUUCCGGGUUCAGACAUGCACAGUUUUCAUUUCAAGUAAGGUGACUUUUUUUACUAUUGUCGCGGAAGACUCAACAGUACUCAGUUUAAAACCAAUUGCCAUCGGAGGAGGAAGAGAAUCGUUGGAAAAUAUUCAGUAAGUCUCGCAAAGAAUUAUUUCCAGCGUCAGCCUCGUUCAAAGAAAAAAGCACUUGCAGAGUUCCUCAAAAGUUCUACACAGCUGCUAAAACUUAAGACUGUAUAAAACGCUCCAUUCAAUGGCGGAAGCUGAAGGUCAGUCUCAUUCAAAACUGAUGAAACCUAGAAAGCAACGGAUUUCUUUUCAUAUUAUACUAGAAACUGAACAGUGAUCAAGGUCCCUUGUACAAAAUGGCAAGUGCUAAAGGCUUGCAUUUGACACUUGUUGUUAGCUGCGUCUUCAACGCUUUCUUGUGUUUCACUAGCAUCUUGUUGAACAUCAUAACAAUACAAGCGCUUAGAAAAACGUCGUCGUUGCCUAAGACUUUAAAAACGUUGCUUCUAAGCCUGGCUGUGUCUGAUCUGGGUGUAGGCUUACUUGUCCAACCACUGUACGUUGCAAUUCUUCUGAUGGAAAUAGACCAAAACACAAACAGCACCGCUUAUAAUUCAGUAUAGAAAGCGUAUGUAAUCCAGAAAAAAAUAUUUGUCACGGCUUCGCAUUUUGGUGUUUUUGCAUUAACUGUUGACAGAUUCUUGGCAAUCCAUCUUCAUCUCAGAUACCAGGAACUUGUAACUCACAAACGUGUUGUUGCUGUCGUGAUCUCAGUCUGGGUGUUAAGUGCAUCAAUUUCCAUCCCGCGUGGGUUGUCCCAAGAUCCUUUUAUUAUGCCAGCAGUCAUUAUAGUCGUUUGUAUCAUAACUACAGGAUUGCUUUAUUGCAAGAUAUACGCAGCCAUGAGACACCAAACAAACCAGAUGCAAGCUCAAGUACAACAAGUACAACAAGCGACACAGAAUGAAGAUAUGGCAAAUGCCGCAAGGCUGAAAAAAUCUUCACUGGCUACAUUCUACAUUUAUUUGGUUUACUUAGCUUGCUAUUUGCCAAUAGCUUGUGUUGUUCUUGCCAAGGUCAAUAGUAAAACCGCCUUGUAUUUCACAUCGGCGACUCUUGUGUAUCUUAAUUCAUCCCUCAAUCCCUUGAUCUACUGCUGGAAGAUGAGACACAUUCGACAAACUGUUAUGAAUAUACUUCGAAAUAUUUUUGCGAUUGGUCAGCAUUAA